AUGGCAUCGCUACGAACAACCACAUGCUCGGCGGCACUACUGGUGCGCAGUGCGUCGUCGCAGGUCCGAGCCGCCGUUGUCCCCGCCACCCGACGCUUCGAGAGCUCUACGGUGCCAGCCACGAAGAAGGAAGACUCGCCCUUGGCCACGCCGGGCCGUAAUGCCCCCGAAUACAGUAUACCGAUUGAUAGGGCCACUUCCACAUUCACGCCCGUUCCCAAGCACGUACAAGAUGGCAGCGAAGAGGGCAUACUCACUGCCACUAUCUUGUCCGGCGCCCCCAUAGAGCUCCAAGCGCGGACAGUCCGAAUCUACAAGCCUUCCAAGCCUGCAACACAAUCGGGCACGCGCAUUGGGAGCAGGUGGCGGUUGGACUGGGACGUUCUGGGCAAGGGCCAUCGGUGGGAAAACCCCCUCAUGGGCUGGCAGUCGUCAGGCGACCAGAUGCAAGGGACGCACAUCCACUUCAAGACCAAGGAGGACGCCAUUGCCUUUGCCGAGAAGCAAGGGUACGAGUACUUUGUCCAGGAGCCGAAUGAGCGCCAUUUCACCCCCAAGGCUUAUGCGAACAACUUCUUGUAUUCGGGCACCAAGCUUAAGCAUAUUCGGACCAAGUAG